AGCUGAAUAAUCCAGCGUUUGCACCUAGAGUUCGUGAGACUCCUGCUAAGAAUAACCUUCGUCCGCAAUAGCUAUCGGCCUCGAUGGUCGAAUUAUGGCCAGGCACAUCUUCAAGCCAAGUCAAGCCACCCGCGUCACAAUGCUGCAGCCACGAGUCCAUCAGUUCCACGAAAAAAAGCCACGAAAGUCACGAACCACCCCGAAAAUGCACCGUACGCAAAAAGGAACUGAUCGCUGCUUUCAAUAAACCGAAGGCCGAAGGGAAAACAGUGCCUGCUCAUCUGAUCAGAUAAGAGCCUGUCCUGUACUUGGUACAGUACAAUUUACCGCGGUGCCUUUGCCGAACACGAGUAUGCAAACUAUACAACUCACCAGCACAACCGUCAACACUGCCAUAUCUUCACAAACACACGCCAGCAAGUGCACCCGCGAUCGCUCUCAACAGCUCCCGGCUCCUUCCCAGUUCCCUUCAGCCCUUCAAGUGCGGCAAUCUGCUCUCCCACCCAUCCGCACGGUCCCACAUCCCUCCACGCAUCCAGGCCGCCUGCAAAAGCAACGGCGCGAAGGAUCAGCGCCGCCCCCCGUUUCAACUCCGGCCAAGAUCGCCAUCGUUCGUAUCAGCAUGCGUGUACGCGUGCGGCGAAAGGUCUCGUUCCCACUGCCCAGAGUGCAGGGGGUGCAGGACCCCGUCCGGCGUCCUCCCGUCACCCGAGUGCCAGGGGCUGCGGCAGGCAUCUGGAACACGGCUGUCCGUCCUGCAGCCUUCAGGGGCCUGGCUGGCCCUGCACAGGUGGCUUGAGGUGAUACUCGUCAUAAAGCGCCGGAAGGGACCCCACCGAGUCGUGGAGGGGAGGCGUGCAUACAUAUGCGCUGAACAGACUCAGUUUCGUUUUGGGCUCUUUUGUUUUGUUCAAAGUAUUCUUGGACUGAAGACACACUUCACUCCCUCGUGACAAACUUCACCCUCGCUCAACCAAA